AUCAUUUAUUGCUAGUAUAUAAUUUAAUUAAUUAUAAUAAAGUAAUUUGUUUUGUUUUUGGAACAUUUUCAUCUAACUAAAUGUUUCAAAGGUUAAUCAUUAAUUUUCAAUAUCUUUUUAAGCAAAUGUUAGUAAAAUUUUUUUUUUUAAGAUACUUAUUAUCUAUAAUAUGAAUUUCAUUUUAAAAUGUAUUUACAGUGCUCCAAUCGUUUCCAAGAUGCAUUGAAAACAGAAAAAGGUCUUGGUAUAGAAUAUGAUGAAGAUGUGAUAUGUGACGUAUGCAGAUCACCUGAUUGUGAAGAAGGAAAUGAAAUGGUUUUCUGUGACUCCUGCAAUAUAUGUGUUCACCAAGCAUGUUAUGGCAUAAUGGCAAUCCCAGAAGGUAGCUGGAUCUGUCGACCCUGUGCCUUAAAUAUCAAACCUCCAUGCAUCCUUUGUCCUAAUACUGGAGGGGCAAUGAAGAGUACGAGCAGUGGUGAAAAGUGGGCACAUGUCAGCUGUGCAUUAUGGAUUCCAGAAGUUAGCAUUGGAUGUCCUGAAAAAAUGGAACCAAUCAUGAGAAUUUCUCAUAUACCUGCUAGUAGAUGGGCACUUAUAUGCACCUUAUGUAGAGAAAGAGUCGGUGCUUGCAUUCAGUGUUCAGUAAAACAGUGUAAAGUUGCCUAUCAUGUGACUUGUGCAUUCGAACAUGGAUUAGAAAUGGAAAUGAAAACCACACCAAUUGAUUCAAAUGAAGAAGGUGUAAAAAUGCAGUCUUAUUGCUCCAAACACAGCAAGGCUGAAAAUUCAUUUGAAAGGGCUUCAUCAGUAGCUAAAUCUCCAAAAAAAAACAGAAAAAAGAAAGAAAUGAAAAGUGAAAAGGAUGCAGAUGAUGAAGUUGAUGAACACAAUGCACGCCUACAAAAAAUACGAUCACUUGAAGCUCAAUUUCAUAGAUAUGUUAAUGUAAAAGAUACAGCAGAGUUACUUAAUGUGGAUCCUCAAGUUGUGGACUUCUUGUAUUAUUAUUGGGUACUAAAGAGGAGGGCAAAGUUUAACAAACCUCUUCUAAUUGCAAAAUGUGAUGAAGCUAACCUUCUUAUAAAGCAACAUGAAAACUUGCUUUAUUCUCGUCUUAAAAUGUUCGUCCAUCUACGUCAAGAUUUAGAAAGAGUGAGAAACCUUUGUUACAUGGUGAGCCGGAGAGAGAAGAUUUUCCGUUCAUAUGUGCGGAUAAAAAAUGAAGUAUUGGAAAAGCAAGUGGAAAUUUUAUCUAACAGUUCCUUCAAAUUAACUGCUAAAGAAGUGGAAGAAGUAAUGAAAGCCCGAGUUGGAGAUUCUUUAUAUGAUAAAUUUUAUUGUGUAGAACUCGAAGAAGAUAAAAAAGAAGAUAUUGCUAAUAAGUCCUCCACAUCUGUGCAGAAAGCUCCAAAUCCUUAUGCUAAAAGUUAUUCUAACAGCAUAUAUACGCGGUCCAGAAGGCAUACAACAUCUCAGAGCAUGACAGACAAUUGCGAUGAUAGUUGUGAUAAUGAACAUUUAGAUAUGCCUAAGCUUGUAAAGUGUAAAUCAGAAGAAAAUGUUAAUACAUUAGAAACUCAAACAAAUAACAGUGAACAAUCAUUCACUCAUUCACCAUUUGUUAUUAAAAUUGCCCCCAAGCAGAAUGAAAAUGAUAUUAAACCAAACAUUGAACCCAUAUCUGACCUUCCAAUAGUUGAAGAUAUUAAUGCUUCCCCUGACAAAGAAGCUCAUGAUAUUUCAUUUAAAAGUACUAUAGAACCCCAUGAAGCACAAUUAAAUCCUGAAAAUGGUGCUAAAGUGAAAAAAAUAGUUUCUAGUAAUGAAGGAUCAAAUGAUAAACAUUCCCUUUGUCUUAGCGAUAAAGAAAACAUCAAUGGACAUACUCCUGUUAAAUUGAAAAAAAUUCGCGGCCAAGUAGAAGUGAGACAUACAGAAUUAAAAAGUGCAGUUCAGGAGUUUGCUAAUCAGAAGUCAGAGUUAUAUGAUGAUGAUAGCUCUCUUGGUGUAGCUAAUGAAAUUAGUAGUUCAGAUGGAAAGAAAAAUUUUAAGAUUGAUAAACGCAGUACACGUUAUCAGAUGAGGACUCGAUAUUAUAGCACUGAUAACAUGGAAAGCCUAGAAACUCCAUUUAAACCUACAGAUACAACUGAAGCAGAAAUUAUGUCACCAAACCCAGAUGAUUCCACCACAAACUCUCCUUCAAACUGUAGUGAUGCAUUGUCUUUUUUAACUCAGGAUUCUGAGAGAACUGAACAGGAGAAAGAGCCUAUUGAUAGUACUCCUGUUCCAAUCCAGCGUAAAAGACGAGGGCGUCCGAGGAAAAUAUUACAUCCUAAUGAAACUUCUAUUAUGAAUUUUUCAGUUAUUAAAAAUGAAGAUGUGUUGGGUAAUGAAAAGAAUAGUUUAUGUAGUGAUAUAAUAGAGCUAUCCAAUUCAAAUGAAAGUUCAGGGUUUAAAAUGUCUCUUAGGCAUAGUCGAGAGCACAUUUCUGUAAAAUCAGGUGAGCAGAAGCAGAAGAACAAAAGAUCUGUUGUGGUCAAACUAGACCACUCAGAUGCUGUACCACUUAAAGAAGCCAAUAAAGAUAUUCUCAGUGAAACUGUAGGAGUUGAAAGUGAACAUACUCGAAGCUCUUCUGAAUGGGAUAAUGAAGGUACUUCUCCACCUAGGCAUAAUUCUGUUGAGCAGCCUGCUUCAACGCGAAUAAUAAUUAGGUUACGGAAGGAUCCUAAUAGGGAAUCAUGGAAAAAUGACUCAUGUUCUUCCUCUGAUGUCCCUGUUGCUUUUAGAAUAGUCCGCAAUGAUUUGGAUGUAAACUGUGAAGGUUCGAUGUCUGAAUUUCAUUCUGUGAUCAAGAACACUGACUCUCGACAGAACCAGACUUAUUCAGUUAGGAAUGAUAGUGAAAACAAACAUCGUUACUUAAUGCGCGAAAGGUCUGUAACGCCCAGAAAUAUAAAAUGCACAUUUGGAAGAAGCUAGUGCUUCUGAUUUCAUAUUUCUACUGUAUAUAUACAUACACACACACACACACACAUAUAUAUAUAUAUUGAAAUAUUACAUUAAAAGUCAGAAAGUCCUGUUGAAAUUAGAUGAAGAUUUGUUGUGAAGCUGGAAAUGACUGCACAUUUUAAUCUGUACAGUAAUUUUUUUAUCGUUGCUCUAUAAAGAAUGCAGUAUUAGUUGAUUAAAAGAAUGCUACUGUUUUAUAAAAUAAAUUAAAAACCAUUUGUUAAAUAUAUAAAUAUUGAUAUUCCAAUUUUGAAAAAAUGUUGAAAUUAAAGAUAUUUUAACUUGGCUUCAACCUUCUUUUUUUUAAAAAAAAGAAAAAAAUAGCUGUCUAGUCGAAUGAAAGGAACUUAUGCGAGUUCAAAGAAUUUUAGUACCUGUUUUGCUGUUGUGCAAAUAAAAUAUUUUUUUAAUCUAAUAAUUUAAAGUGUAUGUCUUAAUGUUCAUAAAAUAUUUGCUUAUUUCAUUUCCAUAAUGUUAAUUUAUAAAUGGCUUUAAAUAUGUAUUUGACAUCAGGAAUUAAUUUUAUUGCAUAAUUAACAUGGCUUUAUUGAAAAAUAAUUGUAACUACUGUAAACGUGUAUUUAUUUAUAAGGCAUUUUUUAUGUAUAUUUUUCUCUGUUGCAGUAAUGCAAACUGUGCAGCAUGUUUUAGAGAAUGAAAAUAUUUUAAGUAAAUGUUUUAACCUGUU